AUGCAGAUUGAAGACGCUAUGCUGAUGUUUGAUAAGCAGACCAAUCGGCACAGAGGUUUUGGCUUCGUAACAUUUCAGAGCGAGGAUGUGGUAGACAAAGUUUGUGAAAUUCAUUUCCAUGAGAUCAACAACAAAAUGGUUGAAUGUAAGAAGGCGCAACCAAAGGAAGUCAUGCUGCCGGCCAACUUGGCCAAGACGCGUGCUGCCGGCCGCUCUGCUUACGGUGAGUUGGUAGUUUGGGGCGGUAAUGCCAACGGUGGCGGUCUAAUCAGUAGUACAUUUGCCACUGCGACACACCACAAUCUAGCCGGCGCUGCGGCUGCUACCAGCUCGGGCGCUCACCACCACCACCAUCAUCAUCAUCAUGCGGCGCAUCCACAUGCCGGCAUGUUCGGCGGAUCAGGCGUGGGCGCUGGCGCUGGUGCGCCUGCAGCAUCCACUUCGUUACGCUACACUCCCUAUCCCAUACCGACACAUUUCUCGGCUGCUGCAGCCGCUGCUGCAGCUGCUGUCAAUCACCACCACCAUCAGCAGCAGCAGCAACAGCAACAGCAACAACAACAUGCACAACAACAACAGCAAGCUGCGGUGGUGGCGGCAGCAGCCGCACAGCAACAGCAAUCGCUAGCCAAUGCGGUUGCAGCAGCCACUGCUGGCGCCACACAUACACUUAUACCAUUCUCAGCUACAGCAGCAGCUGUUCAACCUGCAGCGGCUACUCCUUCACUGUUGCAAUAUGCAGCCGCUGCAGCAGCCACUAAUCCCCAAGCAGCUUCAAUUUACGAUGCCGCCGCUAUUGUCGGCUAUAAGCGCCUACUGGCAGCUGCCGCGGUCGGCGGUUUACGUCCGCCUGCUGGGAUAGGUCAUUUGGCCCAACCAACGGCCACACAAGUUCGUCCGACGCCAGCGGCGACAGCUGCCGCCACUCUUGGCUACCCACUGGGCGAUUUACUAUCGGUUCAAGGGCUGGAAAUGCCGACCACAGCCACGCUAUAUCAAUUGCCGGGCGCCAACACGCUUGGCAUCUGACCGCCAACGGCAG